GUAGCUUCCAGCCGCUGGGUGUUUCAGUACGAAGGCAUCAGAACAGUGAUCGCUUCCACAUUGACACAAACGAAAACAAGCAUGGAUGUGGAUUAUAAAGAAUAUGAGGAUUAUACGCCAGAAAAUGAAACUGAGAACGUCAAUGCCACCCCUACCGUACUCAUGAAUAUCAGCAGCUCUCAUUCUUCGUUGUCACAUGCUCUAGUGGUAUUCAAUAUCCUUAUAACUGUCAUUGGCCUCAUCGGAAAUUCAGUCGUUAUCUGGAUCUGUGGAUGUAAAAUGAAAAGAACGGUGAUCACUAUUUGGUACAUCAGUCUGGCCAUUUCAAACUUUUUGUUCUGUGUAUUUCUGCCCCUGGAGGUUUUCUACAGAAUAACCUUGCACUGGCCUUUCGGACUGCUCUUGUGCAAGUUCACCUCCUCCGCCCUGUUUCUCAACAUGUACAGCAGUGUGUUUCUGCUGGUUCUGAUCAGCACUGAUCGCUGCGUGAUGAUUCUAUUCCCCAUUUGGUCACAUAACCACCGGUCAGUGAAGAAAGCAGUUGGAGUUGUUGUGCUCAUGUGGCUCCUCUCUGCGCUCCUAACGUUGCCCUCACUCAUCUACAGGCAAACUGUAGUCCACGGCUCAGUCACUCAGUGCUACACAGGCUAUAUGGACCACUCCAGACACAAGGCGGUUGUCCUGUCUCGGUUCAUCUGCGGGUUCCUGAUUCCGUUCCUAAUAAUUGUCGUCUGCUGCUCCGUGCUCGGUGUGAAGCUCAACACUUUGACCGUCAAGUCAACAAAGCCGUACAAAAUCAUGGCUGCGCUCAUCUUGUCGUUUUUCUUCUGCUGGGUCCCCUACCACACCUUUGUUCUUCUGGAGUUGGACCUCAAGUACCUCAGCCUGGAGGUUAUUAAAACCGGAAUGUCGGUGGGAGCCACGCUGGCCGCAGCAAACUGCUUCAUAUCCCCGGCUCUGUACGUCUUCGUUGGUAACGACUUUAAACGAACCCUGAAAAGGUCUCUGACAUCCAGGAUGGAGGAGGCAAUGGCUGAGGAUUUCCGUACAGUGGGUCUCAAUCAUUCAAGGUGUAGGUCAAUGGAAGUGAUCAAAACCUAAGAUGGCACUUUGAGAGCGUAUUCCGCCACCAAGUACCAAUAGUCUCCAGAAUUUCAAUAAAUAUAUACCUUUUUUGUCAGAUUAUCGGCUAUUUGUUUGGCAUUAAUUUAGUGUCUUUCAAUUUUGUUAAGAAAAUAUUCAGAUUCAGAUGAUUUUUAUUUCUAAGAUUUUUUUCAUGUCUACAACUGAAUUUCUUUUGUGUUAUAAU